AUGUCUGAAAACAAGAAGGCUGUGAUCAAAAACGCAGAUAUGGAAGAAAACAUGCAACGAGAUGCGGUUGAUAUUGCAGCUCAAGCAUUGGACAAGUUCAACAUUGAGAAGGAUAUUGCAGCUCAUAUUAAAAAGGAAUUUGAUAAGAAAUACAACCCUACAUGGCAUUGUGUGGUUGGAAGAAAUUUCGGAAGUUAUGUAACACAUGAAACCAAACACUUUAUCUAUUUCUACCUCGGGCAAGUGGCUGUAUUAUUGUUCAAAUCAGGAUAA